UGGCUGAGCAUACCAUUUGCUAUGACCCAUGAGGCAGUGGGGGACAUCACUUUCAAUUCUACCACCUACUGGGUUCAAGAGCUUGACCCAAAGUAUUCUGGCUACUACAUUGACAGCUUUCUCCUCCUUAUCUUUGGAGGAAUACCUUGGCAGGUUUAUUUUCAGCGAGUGUUGUCAGCAAAAACUGCAUCAAAUGCCAAGCUAUUAUCGUAUAUUGCAGCUGGGGGGUGUAUUGUCAUGUCUAUCCCGUCGGUCCUCAUUGGUGCUGUAGCAACUGUCACAGAUUGGAAUGCCACUGACUAUGCCAUCGUAGAUCAUCGCACUGUGCCCAUCCCUAAGGAGGAUAUCAAAUUGAUCCUUCCGAUGGUCCUUCAGUACCUCAGCCCCACCUGGGUGUCAUUCUUUGGCCUCGGAGCAGUGUCAGCAGCUGUCAUGUCCUCUGCGGACUCCUCUAUCUUAUCUGCUAGUGCCAUGUUUGCUAGGAAUAUAUACAAGCUGAUAUUUAGACAGAAGGCAUCAGAGGCCGAGAUUCUGUGGGUGAUGCGGAUUGCCAUAUUUGGAGUGGGUGGUCUCGCCACUGCUAUGGCGAUAACUGUGGAAUCAAUUUAUGAUCUCUGGUACCUGUGUUCAGACCUUGUAUAUGUGGUGCUCUUUCCUCAGCUUUGUAGUGUUAUCUAUCUACAGGGAACAAACACCUACGGCUCCCUGGCCGGCUUCAUCACUGCAUUCUUCUUCAGGCUGUCAGGUGGGGAGAAGUCCAUGCAUGUACCUACCUUGAUAAAGUUUCCAUUUUAUGAUGAAGUUGAUGAAAUACAGUUAUUUCCCUUUAAAACCUUGAGUAUGCUUCUGUCAUUUUUUGUAUUGGUGUCUGUAUCAUACUCCCUUAAGUACCUGUUCGAGGCAGGGAUACUACAUAGGAAGUAUGACGUAUUUAUGUGUGUGGUAAACACACCAGAAGAGACAAUAGCAUUGAAGGACCAAGGGCCCUGUGAAUUAACCGCCAUCACCCCAACCAAGGAGCCCAAUGGCAAGAUCAACCCUGCACUGAAAAUAUCCCAAGAGGAUUUAAUUGGAGCGGAAACAGCAUAUCUCAGGGAGCGAAAAUCGCCCAGUUCCCCAAAUCACUCGACCAACUUACUGGCUCCUCAAUGGAAGUAAUGCUGUUAUUGUAUUAGGUCAGGAAGCGUAACCUUCAAAUGUCAUCCCCAACACUGUCUAAUGUUAUCAUGUUUGUCUGCCCUGUUUUAAAUGUAGAAGGAAUAAAAAGCUGAUCUCUAAAGAGGUAUUUUAAAAGGAGCUGGUCAGGUGAAGUGUAUAUUGAAGAAGAAUCUUUGAGACGCUUUGGUCAUUUUAAAUUCAUAAUCGCCAACAGCGAUCACCUCCAUCAUACCCGAGGCACGUGUAAACAGUGCGGCUGUUGGUUUGAUUCUAAAGGAUACUGGUUAAUAAAUAUCGUUUUUAAUUAUAAAUAUUUUUAGAUAUUUUUUUUAUUUCCUUUUUCAAGGUUUAUUUUGUAUGUCUGAAAAAAAAAUGAACCAAUAACGAUAUUCACACGACAGGUAACAGUAUAAGUGUAUUGCUUGAUAUUUCAUUUAAGUUUGAUUUUUUUUAUUGUAAUUCUAAUACAAACUUUAAUAUGAAAUAUACAUGUGUUAUAUUCAUUAUUUUUAUCUCUGAUAUUUUAGAUAAAAGAGUUACUUAACAUAAUACAAGACAUAUGACUUAAAUGACCUUGAUAUGACCUAUAACUUAUAUAUAUAUAUAUAAAUAUACUAUUACAAGAAAGUACCAUUAACUAUGUAGAUCAUAAUCCAUUUUUUUGGUGAAAAAAAGUAUACAGAAGUAUGAUUGUUGUCAAUACUGGAAGUGUGUUUGGUUAUAUGUCGUUGUGAGUUGACCUGGUGUAUGUUCACAUAUAGACUUGAAGGACAGUUGAUCAAGAUUUGUUAUAUUGAUUAGACAAAUAAUCAAUGUUCAUCAGGCUGUGGAAAUUUGGAUUUAAAAAAAUGUAUAUAUCUGGAUGACAAGACUAUCACUGAAAUUUAACCUUGUUUCUGAACGAUUAAGAUCACCAACUAAAGCAAAGACUUUCUUUAGGUUGAACUAUGUGAUGUAAUUUCUUUGAAAUCUUUUCACCCAUCUGAUAAAAAUCCAGAUACCAUGAACUGUACCUCCAGUCUCUGUGAUAAUUAAGAU